GGCGUCAAUUCUGCUUUUCGGUUUUUCUCGUUCACUGAGAUACUUAGAAACUUCCUCUCUCUCUCUCGGAGGACAGUGAAAAAAAAAAACGACGUGAGAGAGAGAGAGAGAGAGAGAGAGAGACUGUUAAAUAAAUAUAUAUAAUUAAAAACAACUGAAUUUAUUCCGAGCCGAGCCGAGGAGGAUAACUGUUUAUCGGGCGGGUCCGGCCGCUCUGCUCCAUUAAGUCCCCCUUCGUGUCCCCCUUCGGUACGGCGAUCUCAGUUUAUUUAUGGGACUUUUUCUCCGGUGACCCCCCAUCCCCCGCUGGAUUCUCGGCUGGCGCUGUCACACAGCUCGGGGCGUCUGUCUCAAGCAGGCUCGCUGCUCUGGAGGUCCGGCGCUAGUGCCGGUGGCAGUACUACUGGCAUGGCAGGGAAUUUGAAGAAGGGCGGCGGGCUGAUUGGGCUGAUGAAGGACGCUUUCCAGCCCCAUCAUCACCUCCACUCGCACCACCAACCCGGGGCCGUGGAUAAGAAGACCGUAGAGAAAUGCUGGAAACUUAUGGACAAGGUGGUGCGCUUGUGCCAGAACCCGAAGCUGGCUCUGAAGAACAGCCCUCCGUACAUCCUGGACCUGCUCCCGGAUACGUACCAGCACCUGCGCACCAUCCUGUCGCGCUACGAGGGCAAGAUGGAGACGCUGGGGGAGAAUGAGUACUUCAGGGUCUUCAUGGAGAACCUGACCAAGAAGACCAAGCAGACCAUCAGCCUGUUCAAGGAAGGCAAGGAGCGGAUGUACGAGGAGAACUCGCAGCCCAGACGCAACCUGACGAAGCUGUCGCUGAUAUUCAGCCACAUGCUGGCAGAGCUGAAAGCCAUCUUUCCAAACGGACUGUUUCAGGGAGAUAACUUCAGGAUUACCAAGGCAGACGCCGCUGAGUUCUGGAGGAAAGCUUUCAGUGACAAAAGCGAGGUUGAAGACCCUGAACUGAUGUCCUGCUUCCCUCCCAGGACGAUCGUUCCCUGGAAGAUAUUCCGGCAGGCUCUGCACGAGUUUCACCCAAUCAGCUCCGGCCUGGAGGCUAUGGCACUGAAAUCCACCAUUGACCUCGCGUGCAAUGACUAUAUCUCAGUGUUCGAGUUCGACAUCUUCACCAGGCUCUUUCAGCCAUGGUCAUCCUUGCUCCGAAACUGGAACAGCCUGGCAGUCACACACCCUGGCUACAUGGCCUUUCUCACAUACGAUGAGGUGAAGGCCAGGCUCCAGAAAUUCAUCCAUAAACAUGGCAGUUACAUAUUCCGGUUGAGCUGCACAAGGUUGGGUCAGUGGGCGAUAGGAUAUGUCACAGCGGAUGGAAAUAUUCUCCAGACAAUCCCUCACAACAAACCUCUGUUCCAGGCCCUCAUCGACGGCUUCAGGGAAGGAUUUUAUCUGUUUCCCGAUGGCCGCACACAGAAUCCUGAUCUCACUGGGCUGUGCGAGCCCUCUCCACAAGAUCAUAUCAAAGUCACACAGGAACAAUACGAGCUGUACUGUGAAAUGGGCUCCACCUUCCAGCUGUGUAAAAUCUGUGCGGAGAAUGAUAAAGAUGUGAAGAUCGAGCCCUGUGGACACCUCAUGUGCACGUCCUGUCUGACAGCGUGGCAGGAGUCCGAGGGCCAGGGAUGCCCGUUCUGUCGCUGUGAGAUCAAAGGCACGGAGCCCAUCGUGGUGGACCCCUUCGACCCCAAGGAUAACAGCGGGGGGUCCUUCAGCAGGGCUUGGUUCGGGGCUGAGGGGACCCCCUCCCCUAACUACGAUGACGAUGAUGACGACAGGCUGGAGGACCCCCUCUUCAUGAUGAGUAAACUGGCCUGUUCAAAGGAGGAGCGCCCCCCAUCCCCCAUGUCUCUGGCCCCCCAGGCUUCCCUGCCACCUGUCCCUCCCCGACUGGACCUUCUGCAGCACCGGCCUUGCAACCCCCCUGGUGCAUCCAGCCCUGGAGCCACCUCCAAGGCCUCCUCUCAUCACAAGGACAAGCCCUUGCCUCUGCCCCCUGCUCAGCGAGACCUCCCUCCACCCCCUCCCCCAGACCGGCAGAACUCCGCAGGGGGAGAGGGUCGCCUCCAGAGACGCCCCCUGCCCAUUACCCCCGGAGAGCUGCCCAGGGACAAGCUUCCCCCAACCCCACCAAACCGGGGCGGAACGGACUGGCAGUCCCGGCCUGUCCCCAAAGCCCCUGUCCCCUCCAAUGUCCCUGUCCAGCUUCCCAACCCUGUGGACUGGCCAGGGAGAGAGCUGUCCAACAGGCACUCCCUUCCCCUGGCACUGCCUUCUACCAUGGACGUCCGGCCGGAGGCACAGAGGCAGACCAGCAUGCUAAGUCUGGACAACCAAGUGAACUUCAGCGCUGGUGCCUCGGUGAGUCAGGAGUAUGAUAACCCCAAAGUGAAGCCGUCUGUCUCUGCCAAUGCAAUCUAUGCCCUUGCAAGCAGACCGCUACCUGCUCUGAAAUCCCUGGCAGCUGAAGAAGUGUCGGACAGGGACGAGGAAUCGGAGUACAUGUCUCCUUCUUCACGCCCAGCGUUCCCCCCACCAAACACAGCCGUGCCUGAGCUCAACCACAGAGUGAGCCAGCCUGUCACUCGCAACUCCAGACUGGCAGUGAGCGAGAUGGAAAUGGAGGGUCCCCAGAUGUACGAAGCCAUGUAUAACAUUCAGUCCCAGGCCUUAUCUUCUACCACGCAGCAAGCCAGAGACUCUGACUAUGCAGAUUUGCCCCCUGCUGUUGCUGCCUCUGCCAAUGGUCUGGGCCCCCUGCAGAUUGACGAUGAUGAUGAGGAGGAGGAGGAGGAGGAGGAAAAUGGGUACGAUUUCCCCAAACCUCCCCUGCCCUUGGCUCCAGCCAGACGCACACUGUCUGACAUCUCCAGCGCCACCUCAGCCUUCAGCAGGCUGUCUAUGGACAGUGAUGCAGCUUCUCCUAGUACUUCUUUUGCAGAUGGCAGUCAAGUACCAGAGAGACCACCCAAGCCUUUACCUCGCCGAAUAAACUCGGAGCGUCGGCCAAGCCCUGUCCCCCAGAACAGUAGCGGAGGUGCGGUGAACCCCCUCGUCUCCAGCGAGAUAGACAACCUCAUGAGCCAGGGAUACUCCUAUCAGGACAUUCAGAAGGCACUGCUGAUUGCAAAAAACAAUAUCGAAAUGGCCAAGAAUAUCCUGAGAGAAUUUGUCUCCAUUCCUUCCACAGCCCACAUCCUCACGUAACCCGGCUUCUUUGAUUCCUCUCCCCGUCUCUCUCUUUCUUUCUGUGUCUCUGUCGGUCCCAUACUGCAUGUAAGACUGCCUCUGCAGCGAAGCUGACUCCAUCUUGCCUGCCCAAACCCACAGACCGGGGUACGGUAGCUUACAGAGUAAGUAAGUAGCGGGGUUCUGAAAAUAUGUAACGCUACAAGUAACGUACCUGUAAUUAUUUUUCUUUUCAUCGUCAACAUACUGACAACUUUUUACAUUUAUUUAUAACUUUAUAGUCUGUUUCAAAGCUCUUUUCAAAAUGUCUGCUCUAGUGCACUGAUAGUGUCAGGAUUAUUGCCCACAUUGUCAAACAGGUAGCACAGCAAUAACGAUCCAUGAUGUGGUACGGAACAGAAAUGCCAGAACACUUGUUAUGUUUAUUUGAAUUUUUUUUUUUUUUUAAUCGCUCUUCCUGCAGUGAUUUAGAGGACAGAUCUCAAACCCUUAUGCACUAGAGCAGACAUUUUGAAAAGAGCUUUGAAACAGACUUUUUAAAGUGUAGAAAGUUGUCGGGAUGUUAACAGUGAAAAGAAAAAUGACAGGUAAGUUCUUUAAACAGUUGUAGCAACAUGCGGGGACGUGCAAUGCUAUAUUUUUUGGAACCCCGCUACUUACUCUUUAAGAUUCUUGCUUUUAAAGGGGCUUGAUGCUUGAUGUAACAAAACAAAAUAGCUCCAUUCCAGCAUUUAUGGUUCAGACUCACUCAGACAGCUAUAGAAAGUAUAAUUAAUAAAAUCAUGUUCUAUCUUUUGUUAAUAACAAACAUAAGAUUAACAUUGUGUAUGUCCAGGCUUUGUGAAAAUGUGUGACGUAGCAGUGUGUGGUGUCUGGUCAACCCAGAUUACAACCAAGCAUAAAAGAUAAUUGGGACCUUCUACAGCAAAGAACAUUUUAACUGUGCGUUUGUUAUACCCCACAACUCAAUGGAGGCUGUCCUACAGAUGAGUCAGUUCUGGGAGCAACACCAUCUCCCCAUAAGAAGUAGAGACUUUGUGCCUAUAUGACUAUAGAAAUUCCCCUUACUGCAGUUCCUGAUUUGUGCCUCAUCCAUUUUAUCUUAUUGCAUGGAUGGAUGUGUUUGCAGUUCAACUGUUCUUGAAAGGCAACAGUAACGCGUGGAUAUGAACCCGCUUUGAACUCCCUCAGACCAUAAUCUGCAUCCUGCGUUCAAUGCCUUGGUGGGAACAGCCUUGUUUUCUACAUGGUCUUUUAAGGGAUCAUUAUUUAAAGUGCAUAUGGAAUCUGAUUGGUUUUAAAACCAGGGGGGCCUGGACACCUGGUUCAUUAUCCUCUUGCUCUGAAGCUGGAACGGAGACUGGUAGGACAUCAUAAAAUAGCUGUUGGGUCCAUUUAAAAAAAAAAAAAAGAAACAAACAUCUUUAGUGUUUGAGAGCUUUUUUGUUUUAGAGCUACCAAUAAGAAGUGCUGGUUGUCAUUCUUGGCUUGAGCCAUCACCUCAGAUGUGUAUCGGUCUUUUUUUCUUUUUUUUUUUUUUAAUUAUUUAGAAGCAAAUAUUAAUUGGGGGGGGGGGGUUAAAUGUAUAAAGUGCAAGUCUAAAGCUGUUGUGUUUGGAGAUGAAUGAAAUGUACUCAAAGUAGAAGGUAUUGGUACUAAACUCUGGAGUCUGCUGUGGUGCUUGUAUGUAUACAGUAUGAAGUAUGUGUUGUGUGACCCUUUUGUUUCAAUCUGGAAGCGUUAGUGCCAUCUCCUGGCUAUUUCCUAGUACUGCAUUACCCGUGUGGAGGAACCGUGUGCUUGAAAAGCCCAAAUUUACUAGCAACUAACCUCUUUUUGUAAGCCUGCUGCAUAAAAAAUAAUUAGUCUACCAGUAAAACAACUUUCCUGUAAGUUAAAAGUAAAUGUGUGAAGUAAAGCAAAACGCUUGUGGAAUUAAAAAAAUGGAUAUAUAUAUUUUUUUUAAUUUCCCUUUUCGUGCAGUCUGAGGCCGUUACUGCCACCCACUCUAUUAAAAUGAAAGCAACCCAGCAAAAUCUGCCUCUAAUCUUGCGUGUGCGUGUGAGAUUCAAGUUUCAUGAGCACUUUCACUGUACUUGCUAAAGCUUGAGCAGUGUAGGGUAGAUACAGUAGAGUGCUGGAAUGAUGUAGGGAGCCCAGCCCAUUAAAAUCACCCUCCUUUUAAAAAUAAAAGAAAGAAAAAAACAAUACAAAAGACUAACAAAGUUAUAAAAAUAAUUUUUCAUUGACCCCAUUUCAGAAAAGUACAAUAUCCUAAUAAUAAUAAUAAUAAAACAAUACUAGUUCAGGUCAUUCAUAAACAUUUAUUUAGAAAUAUUGCACUGCUAAAAUGUAUUGUUUUGGUUGCCAUUUAAUGAUGAUUUGUGUCUGCAGUUCCAGCUGCAUACCCUACAGAAACACAAUGAUUGGUUUACUGCAGGUCGUAUAUAGAGAUCAUGUUUGUACAGUAUAGAAUUUCUAAUUCACUUUUUUUUUUCACAAAUGCUUUACUGCUGCUACUACAGUGCUAACAAAAAGAAGCCUUAAGUGUUAAUAGUUUGUAGUUUUAUCUUUUUUUUUUCUUUAAGUGACAGUCUUGUUUUUGUUGUCAUGUAGCGUACUUGAAAAUAUAUUCUUUUGUAAUUGUGAAAUGAUUUGGACAGGUGGAGUGAAGUCAUGCUUUGUUCUGUGUUGGGCUUGCUAUGCACUUAACCAGUUUUCAGUCGGUCACAACUUGACUUUUGGACCCAUCAAUACAUUUCGUUGCAGCACACCAAAGAAACGGCUGCCUUCUUUAGUGUAGUUGAGUUUGUUUUUUUUUUAAACAGUCAAUUUUAAACUUUUCAAUCUAGUAUAUGGCAACAAGGGUUUAAGACGACAGACACUGCUUGAAAAAAUAGAUUGUUGCAUAAAAAUCGCCCCACUUCACAAAACUUUUAACUCUCGCUAUUUUUUUCUUUUCAAAUCGCUAUAACCUUAAAGAACAAUUACAAACGUAUUUUUAAAUAAGACAGAAGUCACUGAUGCCCAUCUAAAUUAUAAAUACAAAGAAGCAGCGAUGCAGUAACAUCCCUGCAAAGAUAAACUAAGCUGUUCAUACAUGCGUUUUGCUAUUGAUUUUAUUUUUAUUUUUGUAUGGGUGAAUAGAGUGCGAUUGCGUUGGUUUGCGGUUCCUCCCUUAACUGGAAUAUUCUUUACUAGAGUUUUUUGCUCAAGUUGACUACACUUGCCGAUGUGUGCAUUGAUACUGUCACUUUAAAUAUUAAGGUGUAAUUUUACUGAUGUAUAGAAUAUAAGUGGUCAUUUUGUUUAGUCCUGUAUUUGCCUCAGUUACGUUUUAAACUUUUUCUGUGUAAAUAAUAGUGUGUGGUGCCAAGUUUCAUUCUUUUAAACUGUUUACCCCAGCUGGGUUUCAUUACUGCAGAGGGGGGUCUAGCUAGAGGAACAGUACAGGGGUGAGAGCCGGGGAAUGUUUAGUUUUGAGAAACUGGUGCCUUUUUUGUUUAGGUAUUGCUUGCUAAUAAAAAUGAAUGUUUGCCUUUGUAUGCUGGGAUACAGUGUUGGGUGUGAUUGUGGUGAACAUGCCUAGCUAGACCUGCCUGCUUACCAACUAUAUAUACUAAACAAAGUCACGCAGUGUACAGUUGUUGAGAGUAGCUAUUUUCUCUUUAUUUUAAUUCAUUCAUCCUUUCAUUUGGCAUUCCCAUAACCUGCCUUUCGUUAGCUUUAACACCUGCAGACCAAGACUGCCCCUUUUUAAAAUGUUUUUCUUCUAGUGGUUAUAAACAAUUUUCCAGACUGUCGUAAUGGCAUUCUUUCUCCUGCCUUCAUAUUAUUAUUAUUAUUAUUAUUAUUAUUAUUAUUAUUAUUAUUAUUAUUAUGAUGAUGAUGAUGAUGAUUGUGGUGUGUCAUUUAAAAUAAAAAAGCAACCUGGGUUUAUGAGUAGGACACAAACGAGACCCAGCAGUGAACCUGUGUGAAUGGAGUGGGUGUCAGAGGAGGGGUUGGGUUGACAAGGGGCCACGAAUGUUCUGGUGUAAAUGAUUACAGAAUAACCAGCUUGUUGUAGAAUAUGAUAGGGGAGAUAAUAACACAACAUGAGAACCUGCCUGAGAACUAAUCGUGUCUGCUUUUCAGUGCCAGAGUGCAAGGAGGGGAGUAGCUGUUUAAUAUUGAGAUACUAGAGCUGUACAGAAGCUGCCAGAGCACACCGCUUACUGUCUGGCAGAGGGCAGCCUGGACAUGGGAUUUGUAUUUUUAACCUAGAAAUGUGUUUUUCAAUUGUGUUUUUUUUUAUUAUUGUUAUUGUUUAUUAAUGUUAUAUUUGCUGGAAAUAGCUAAUAUCAAUUCAUAUAAUAUAUAUCAGUGUUACAAGUGUCAUUAUUAUUAUUAUUAUUAUUAUUAUUAUUAUUAUUAUUAUUAUUUUGAUGAGUUAUUUGAAUACAAGUCAGUAAAAUGAAGAAGUCUUUAUUACAGUAUUUAAUCGUUCUGCAAUCUUUGCAAAAAAAGAAAAGAAAAGAAAACCCUAAACAUAAAAAAAUCACAUCCCUAGAAGGUAAAUAUUCCUAUGGAAGAGUAGCACAAUGUCAUGUUGUGUGUCCCCCUCCAUUGGUUGUAUAUGUAUGUUUGUAUUACUAUUUAGGAAUAAAUACUAAUUUUAUUUAUUAAUUUUGUUUGAUGCUUUACUCCCCAGAGCUACAUGAUGUAUUUUCUUUUAUUUUCUGAAAUUUAUGCACCUCUGUCAUUAAAAAAAGGUUUUUAAUAAAUGCA